AUGGCAUGUAUUCAACAUGAUGAAAUAAAACAAGAAAUAGUAAAACAAAAUUAUUUUAGUAUAUUAAUAAGAUGUGUAACACAAAAAGAUCUUCAUGUUGGUUUAGUUUUACAAAUUUCAUUAGAAAUUAUUUGGUCAUUAACAUUUAAUAAUCAUAUUUAUGAUAUGUUAAUAAAUAAUUAUGAAAAUUUUUUUAUUUAUUUAAAAAAUAUUCUUAUUAAUUCAAAAGAAGAAGGUGUUCAAGCAGCUACUAAAGGAAUUUUAUGGAAAUUAGAAAGUGAAUCUAAUCAUAAAAAGACUAUUGUUGAUAUACAUGAAAAUAAUAAUUGUGAUAAAAAAUAUGAUAUUAUGAUAAGUUAUAGUCAUUUAAAUAAAGAUUUAUGUCAUCAAAUUUAUCGAAAUUUAAUUGAUUUACAAUAUACUGUUUGGCUUGAUUUUGAAAAUAUGUAUGGAAGUACACUUCAAUCGAUGGCACAAGCUAUUGAAGCAUCCGAUAUUAUUCUUAUUGGUAUGUCAAAUCCAUAUAAACAAAGUGCUUAUUGUCGAUCAGAAGCUGAAUAUGCAUAUACACGUCAACGUCAUAUUAUACCAUUAAUUAUGGAAAAGAAAUAUCGACCUGAUGGAUGGUUAGGAUUUAUUUGUGCAUCGAAACUUUAUGUUGAUUUUACUAAAACUGAUUUUGAACAAGCAUUUCAAAAAUUAAUAUCACAAAUUCAACUUCAUCGACAACAAACUUUAUCAAAUUCAUCAUCGUCAAUAAUAAAAUAUGAAAAUAACAAACCACUUACUCAUGAUGAUGGAACUCAACCAACGAUUGAAAUUUACGCAAAUAAUACUGAACAGAUCUCUCAAGUUGAAGAACAAGAUAAUGUUUCAAAUGAUAACAACGAUUAUAAUUGUCGUUAUAUGGAAUUGUGGACGCAUGAAGAUAUUUUAAAUUUUCUACAUGAUAAGAAUUUAGAACUUAUGAAACCUUUGUUUGAAAGUGAACAACAAUUCGAUGGUCGUUCUUUAAUUACAUUAUAUGAACGAUGUCAAUCAAACAGUGAAGCGACUUAUCAAUUAUUAAAUACACAAUUAAAUUACAGUCAUAAUGAUCAUUUACCAUAUCUUACUUAUAUUCGGUUUCUCACUGAACUACGAAAACAAUUGAAUCCAAUUGAUAUAAAAUAUUGUAUAUGUUAUUUUCGUUGGUUUAUUCGGAAAAAAAUUCAUGAAAAACUCUUUUCGUAUUUUAAAUAA